GCGGCGCACGUGACGCAUACACGCGACCACACGCGAGCGAACGAAACAAAACAUACCUCUGUCCUUCUCCCUUUCGUGCCUAUCGUGCCACAUCCACGCUCGCUUUCGCACGAAGCGCCGUGUUUUGUUUUACACGUUAUUAAAUUCAUUACUAAACUAUGAAAGCAUUUAUAGAGAAAGUCCACGGUAAUCCCUGUCUGUGGGACGAGAAUUCUUUGGCGUAUCGAGACACGUUUCGGCGUGAGAUGUGCUGGGAGGCGGUGGCUAAGGAGUGCGGGAUUGAAAGUGGGAAAGAAGCAAAACUAAUGUGGAAAAGGCUAAAAGACAGCCACAGAGAGGCGUUAAGGAGACGAAGACUAGACAGCCACAUCGUCAAACCCUGGAAAUACGAGAAAAUUAUGGAAUUCAUCCUACCAAACUACAACCGCCCUUCACAAAGCCUGGAACCACAUAACGAUAGCAACGUAGGAGACACAAAAACCAUAGAUUUACCAGUCAUGGUCAAAACGGAAGUAUCUGAUGACCAGGAGUUCAUAGGUAUGGAAGAAGUAUUAGAACCCCAGGCACGACUGCAAGAGCGAGUGAGAAGGCGACGGAAGCUUGCCAUUCCAAUGAAGGUUAGACAGAGACGGAACGUUUUGUCACAAUCUGACGGCUUGACAGAGUUAUUCAACAGUCUGUGUCAGAAAACGCGGAGAUUGCCAAAAAUACUCCAAUUACAAGUGCAGAGGGAUGUUUUUGCAGCGGUCUCGAAGGCUGAAGAAGCAGCGUUGUCGCUAGAAGUACCAGGCAUGCAUAGUGCUGAAAGAGGCACCGAAUCCGAGUGUGAUAGUUUAACUUCACAGUGAUGGAGUGGCAUGCAUAUCUCUUUGGUUGACUGUACAUUCCUGAUUAAAUUAAAAAAAGACACAGGAAACUUGGUGAAGUAACGCGACGGUGGUGUUUACGCUGGAAACACCAAUCUUUUACUGAUUUAAGUUAAAUUAUUUAAGUAUGUAGGUACUUAUAUUAAAAUCGUCGCCUGUGAUGUGUAGAAAAAGAGGUAGAUUAGACCUAACAAUAAAGCAUAUUUUUUUAUUACUUAGGCUCUUUGAUUUACUCACCGAAGUACUUACUUAAAAUUAUAAAGCAAGCCGAAAGGGAGCGACUCAUUCUGAAAAACUUUUGUCACUACCUUUUAGCUUAUUAUACUCAACACUUUUGAAACGCCUUCUAUAGGAUGGAUUGGGAUUUUGGGAUACAUAAGUGUGUCAUUUUAUCAGUAAUUUUUCCGAAGGUUACACCACUGAAGGAUUUAAGUAAAUAAUAAAAAUGAAAUGCUGAAUCAACGCAACUUUUAUUGUCGUCAUGAUAGGCAAACAUUUAACAGAGUGUGGUGAAAUAGACACAGAUGAAAUAUCACGAAGCAUAGAGUUAAUCUACUUAGUAGUUUGCCGAUUAUUUUAGCACUGUGACUUUUUAAGGAGAUAUUCAUAAUCACAACCCAUCAUGUCCCCACUGCUGGGGCACGGGUCACCAAUGAAGGAAGGGCUUAGGCCUAGUCCACCACGCUGGGCUACUGCGGGUUGGUGGACCCCAACACAAGCAAGCUUGUGCUGAGAGAGUUGUCGGUUCACCUGUAUAAGUUAGAAAAUGGAUUUUUUAACUCCAGCUUUAUGA